AUGGAACCUCUAUGUGAGUUUUGUGGAGUAGUGAGGGCAGUAGUGUUCUGUAAAUCAGACUCAGCUCGGCUUUGCUUGCGCUGUGAUGGUUGUGUUCACUCUGCUAAUUCCUUGGCGCGGAGGCACCCUCGUUCCCUCAUAUGUGACAAGUGCAAUUCACAGCCUGCCAUUGUCCGAUGCAUGGAUGAUAAAUUGUCUCUGUGUCAUGCAUGUGACUGGAAUGGAAAUGGCUGCUCAGGCCCUGGGCAUCGACGCCAGAAAUUAAGUAGUUAUACUGGAUGUCCUUCUAUUGCUGAGUUCUCAAGAAUUUGGUUUUCAGUUCUUGAUUUGCCCUUUCCGAGCAGUUUUGAUGCAUCUUGGAACCAAAUGAAUGCACCAGCUAUGAAUGAGAAUUCAAUGACUAACUGCUUGGAGCCUAGAGGAAAUGAGGGAUUGGUAGCUAGCAGGUUAAAUGAGUUAGCAACCUGUGUGAAGUUUGAACCUUGGAUCAGCCCAUCUUCUCUCAUUCCACUGAAUCAGAACUUCCUACAAUCGUAUAAUAGAGAUCAACCCCCCUUCUUCCCUGAGGGAUCAAAUCUGCCAAAGCAGGGUGGUUCAAAUUUCGAGGAUCUGGGAGUUCAUGAAGGCGAUGAUCUCUGUGAAGGAGUCGACUUGGAUGAUGUUGCAAACAACCUUGAGAGUGGUUAUGAGGUGUUCGUCAAUUCACAAGGUCACUCUAUAUACGGUUGUGAGGAUGGCAGAUUGGAUUGCUUAGUAUUGGAGAAAAACAUAUCAGUUACUGAAUCCAACAGCCAUAUAGAAACUGCUUUAGAGGCAACAACAUCUGGGCAACAAGAUUGCAUUACCUUUCAAUCCCCACAAGUGGCUGGACCAGCUAAUGUGAUGCAGGCUUUGAGUGGCAGUGGCAAUUGUGUGGUGCUGAAUUCUAGCUGCAACAGGAAUAUCAGCUUGGGUUUUCCCACUGGACAGGUUCCUACAAGUAUGUCACUCUCUCUGUCCAAUAUCACUGGAGAAAGUAGUGCUGCUGAUUAUCAAGACUGUGGAUUAUCGCCAUUUCUGACGGGUGAAUCACCAUGGGAGUCAAAUUUGGAAGCUAGCUGUCCACAGGCAAGGGCCAAAGCUAAGAUGAGAUACAAUGAGAAAAAGAAAACACGAAUGUUUGGCAAACAAAUAAGAUAUGCCUCUCGGAAAGCCAGAGCUGAUACUAGAAAGCGUGUGAAAGGUAGAUUUGUGAAGGCUGGUGAAGCUUAUGACUACGACCCUCUUGUAACCAGGGAUUUCUGA